UCUUCACCAGCACCGCGACUAACUUCAGUCAAAGCAGCGCGCAGAGACAGACGCCUGUCUGGAUGGAGGGGAAGCUGCCCAGUUGAUUUGUAUCGAUACCCGUGGGCUUAACAAUAGAUGACUUAUUUAGGAAUAGUGUGUUGCCUUUUUUUGUUGAAGAAGUAGGGUCUCAAGUAAGAGUGGUAUUGCAGCAACGAUGAUACCAUUAUGUUCCACACACAGUCUGUGUGAUUGGCUAUGGUGAUACUACAAGCUAGCCCCAGCUAGCAGAGAGAUUGUUUUUGGAAAUACCUUUUCGAGUACCGUACGCUGACACAUGAAUUAGACGCUUUUUGUACAUUUUCAUCAAGCUGGAACACAAAGGGGAAUGUCUAGUCAAGGAGUUAGGAGAAAUGGUCCGGUGAAGCUGCGGUUGACAGUCCUGUGUGCAAAGAACUUGGCAAAAAAAGACUUCUUCCGGUUGCCAGAUCCUUUUGCCAAAGUGGUGGUGGAUGGCUCGGGACAGUGUCACUCUACAGAUACUGUAAGAAAUACCCUGGACCCAAAGUGGAAUCAACACUAUGAUCUAUACAUCGGAAAGGCAGACUCAAUAACCAUCAGUGUAUGGAACCACAAGAAGAUCCACAAAAAGCAGGGUGCAGGGUUCCUCGGCUGUGUCCGUCUCCUGUCCAACGCCAUCAACAGGCUCAAAGAUACCGGCUAUCAGAGAUUGGACAUGAAUAAGCUGGGCCCAAAUGACAAUGAUACUGUGAGAGGUCAAAUAGUUGUAAGUCUUCAGUCCAGAGACCGCAUCGGGACAGGAGGGCCAGUGGUGGACUGCAGCCGUUUGUUCGACAAUGACUUGCCCGACGGCUGGGAAGAGAGGAGGACAGCUUCUGGAAGGAUCCAGUACCUGAACCACAUCACUCGCACCACCCAGUGGGAGAGACCUACCAGGCCCGCGUCGGAAUACUCCAGCCCAUCAGGGCGGCCGCUGAGCUGCGUGGUGGACGAGAACACGCCGGUGAUGACGCCCGUUAACGGGGCCGAAGCCAGCUGCCCCCCGGGCGAACAGCGGAUCCAGGAGAGACGGGUUCGAUCGCAGCGCCAUCGCAACUACAUGAGUCGAACGCACCUGCACACCCCACCGGACCUGCCCGAGGGUUAUGAGCAAAGAACAACUCAACAGGGUCAAGUCUACUUUCUCCACACACAGACUGGAGUCAGCACCUGGCAUGACCCUCGGGUGCCAAGGGACCUGAGCAACGUGAACUGUGAGGAGCUGGGUCCGCUGCCUCCAGGCUGGGAGAUCAGAAACACAGCGACGGGUCGCGUCUACUUUGUCGACCACAACAAUCGAACGACACAGUUCACGGACCCGCGACUAUCUGCUAACCUGCACCGUGUGCUCAACCCAAGUCCAAAUGGUUCCCGUGUGGCCAUGGACAGCCAAAACACUAACCUAAGCAGUCACCCGCCUCAGCCGAAGGACCAGAGUGGUCCCUGCGUGCCACAGCCAGCACUGUCCCCGGCCCAGCUGCCUGAAGAGGCCGAGUGCCUGACUGUGCCCAAGUACAAGAGAGACCUGGUGCAGAAGCUGAAGAUCCUGAGGCAGGAACUCUCUCAGCAGCAACCCCAGGCCGGCCAUUGCCGCAUCGAGGUCUGCCGGGAAGAGAUAUUUGAGGAGUCGUACCGGCAGGUGAUGAAAAUGCGUCCAAAGGAUCUCUGGAAAAGACUGAUGAUCAAAUUCAGAGGAGAAGAGGGACUGGACUAUGGCGGCGUUGCAAGGGAAUGGUUAUACCUGCUGUCCCACGAGAUGCUGAAUCCCUACUACGGCCUCUUCCAGUACUCCAGAGAUGACAUCUACACUCUACAGAUUAACCCUGACUCUGCUGUCAACCCGGAGCACCUCUCGUACUUCCACUUUGUGGGUCGCAUCAUGGGCAUGGCGGUGUUUCACGGCCACUACAUCGAUGGAGGCUUCACUCUGCCCUUCUACAAACAGUUGUUGGGUAAACCGAUCACGCUGGACGAUAUGGAGUCCGUCGACCCGGACCUCCACAACAGCCUUGUCUGGAUCCUGGACAAUGACAUCACUGGCGUCCUGGACCACACUUUCUGUGUAGAGCACAAUGCCUACGGAGAAAUCAUCCAACAUGAGCUCAAGCCCAAUGGCAAGAGCGUGCCAGUGUCAGAGGACACCAAGAAGGAGUACGUUAGGUUGUAUGUGAACUGGCGUUUCCUGCAUGGCAUCGAGGCUCAGUUUCUGGCUCUGCAGAAAGGCUUCAAUGAGGUCAUUCCUCAACACCUGCUCAAGUCCUUUGAUGAAAAAGAACUGGAGCUGAUAGUGUGUGGCCUGGGAAAGAUUGACAUCGCUGACUGGAAGUCCAACACCCGUCUGAAGCACUGCACCCCCGACACCAACAUCGUCAAGUGGUUUUGGAAAGCCGUGGAGUCGUUUGACGAGGAGAGGAGGGCCAGGCUGCUGCAGUUUGUUACUGGCUCCUCCAGAGUGCCGCUGCAAGGCUUCAAGGCUCUACAGGGCGCUGCAGGGCCCAGACUCUUCACCAUUCAUCAGAUCGACGCUAACGCCAACAACCUGCCCAAAGCCCAUACCUGCUUUAACCGAAUCGACAUUCCGCCCUACGAGAGCUACGACAAGCUGUACGACAAGCUGCUGACCGCGAUCGAGGAGACGUGUGGCUUCGCAGUGGAAUAAGAGACCCUUUGGAGAGUGUGCUUGUGUGUGAACGUGUGUGUCUGUGCAGGACUCUGAUGGACUAUUAUUGUCACUGCAACACAGUCUUCCUCUUAUCUCCCCCCCACGCCACAUUCUUCCCUUAUCGAUGUCUGUUUCAACAACUGCUACAGAGUCCCCCCCCC